AUGGCAGAUAUCCGCACAAGACCAAUGGAACAGCACCUGUUACCACCAAGUCCAUCCACGCAAAUACACCACCCUCAUCAAAUGAGCCAGAUGCAGCGGACAGCCUCUACGACGUCGGAUCAAGAUGGCGUUUUUGCGAGCACGAUGGAUGCAACCUCAAUCUUGGCCCAGGAUUGGAUUCAGCCUGCGACAGACUUCAACAACCUGACCUCGCUUGGGUUCGAUAGCAUGUUCCAGUUCAAUGGGCAGUCUGACCCCUUCCCGAUCGACCACACCGAGUUUGCGUCGAACGACUUUGGGUUCCCGCCUGGGAUGGCCGGACCCCUCUCUUCGAUCUUCGAGUCGCCCUCAACUAACCCGCUGAGCUCCAGCACUUCGUCCGAGAACAAUACUCCAGCAGGCAUGAUGGACACUAACGCGUUUCUCGGCAACGGCAGCAGUGGCAAUGGAAACAAUGGUAUGGGCAUCCAUGGCAACGGCCAUGUCAAUGGCAAUGGUUCCCAUAUCAGUCCUGACUCUGUCGACAUUGGAAUCCCAGAGCAGAGCGGUAAUGUUAAUCUGAAUCUCGCGCUUAAACCACACUACAUGAAGAGUCUGAAAGCAUCAGCCGCUGCCGCUGCCGCCGCUACCGCUGCUGCCACUGCUAAUGCACAGCCCUCAUCGCAGCAGCGACAGCAGACUGUCCAAGGAUUCAGCCCUGUCCAGAUGGAUCUGGGUCCAUCAGAGACUGGGAUGCAGUCGUUUGCAGUCACGGCAAUGUCCUCCCCACAGCAGCAACAGCAACAGCAACAGCAGCAAUCCAUGCUUUUCCAGCCGCAACGAGCUGGACAAGAUCAAGCACAAUCUCAACAAAAACAGCAACAGCAUCAUCAGCACCCGUUUACGUUCCAGCAUCCGUUCCAGCCCCAGCAACAGACUCUUCAGACAACGCAGAUGGAAGAGGAUAUCAUGGCCCAGCAUCUUCCUUUCGGUCAUUCUCGUCCUUUGUCCAUGAGCGGGAUGGGUCAGCAGCAGCCGCUCGAGGAUAUUCUCUAUCCACAGCAGCACCAACUCGGUACGGAUAUGAAGGGCCAUUUCAGACAUGCUUCAACCCCCAACCUGUCAGAGAUGAUCAAGCAGGAGAACCCUCUGACAGCUCAACGCCAACAGAUGCAGCUUCACCAUCAACAAGAAGCCUCUCAGGUCUCUCAACAACAGCAACAGCAAUCUAUCCACUCUUCGAGCAUCCAUCCUUUCUCUGCCGCACCAUCUAUGAGCACUAAACUCAGCAUCGCCCCGACUCGCACGCUGACAAAGCGCCCCAGCGAUCUUCACGUCGAUAUUUCUGGACGAUCUAGCUCUUUCCGUCUGAAUGGUGAUGUCAGGAAUGGGGAUUUCCGCUUCGGAAGCGAUGGUCGUGACCUAGCAGAUAGUGCCUCUGCGCCGCUGUCACCCUCGGCAGGCACCAUGACUGCACCUCUCACGCCAGCGUUCUUUUCGCCAGCUUUCGGUGAGGCACUGGGCAGUCCAGGGUCGGUCUUGUACCAGAGCAGCCCUUUCAUGCUGACCUCGCACGAUCGGAACCGGACUUCGAUUCAAACGGACACAUCUAUGGGAUCCUUCAUGGACAUGCAUGCCUCAAGUGCUUCCUCGCCCUCGUCGCUCGGAUCGCUUAGUGACGUUGGGCAUCGUAUGUUCAGGGCUUCGACGGACUCAAUGCAUGCGCCCCUGGAGACUGUCACCCCUAUGGAUAUCGCCCGCUCAUUCAACGAGAUGUCGGACGACUUGGGUUUCAUGGAGAAACAAGAUGUCGCUUCUGCGCCACCAUCUUCCGCACUCCAACACCGGGAUUCAUUUUGCCACUCUCCAGAUCAUAUCGAUCCUCACAGCGUAGAGGUCAAGCCUAGCUACUUUUCGACUACCUACCAGGACGAGCACAGGCAUGUCAAGAUGGAAGUGAUGUCUACUCCCGAGAUCGAUCCUGAUCACUCCGUCUUCCGGGACUCAACUGUGCCUGAGGGCCCUAUGACUCCUACUGGAAGCGCCAAUGGAAGCGGCCCAACACCAAUAAAGACUGCGCGAAAGCGUCGAUCAAACGAGGGUGUCUCCCGUUCGUCCACCGGCUCUUCGCCCUCUAACAGCAGCAGUCCGCCAAGGCCAGCUCGCAGCCGCACCAUUUCGAGCACAUCAUCUUUGAUCGACGAGAAGGAUGAGCCGUCGGACUCGCCGAUGAUCAGCAGCCUUGGCCCGGUGGCGUCUCCAAAGUCCAUCAUGUUAUCUCAGGAACUUAAGCCGCCUUCAAACAAGGCCAUGAGGACAAUCAUUAAGCGCUUCUUAGCGGCCAAAACGCCUGCACAGGGUGGUGAAAAAUCGGUUUUGAUUCUCACGUCCAAAGUGGCGCAGAAAUCCUACGGAACAGAGAAGCGGUUCUUGUGCCCACCACCUACAACGAUGCUGCUUGGUAGCAACUGGUGGUCAGCGUCUUCACCUCCUAACCAGUCCUUAGAGGAAGCCCCCGUCUCGACGCCACCGAAAAUGAUUGUCUCCAUUUGUGGCGAGGCAGGCAGCCAACAGGGCGUCAUUGACUGGACAGCAGCCAAGGAAGACGGCGUUGCGCCUAUUGUCACUGGAAAAUGUGUUUCGAAGCAACUGUAUAUUAACGAUGCGGAUGAAAAGCGCAAGAAGGUGGAAGUCCUUGUCAAGUUUAUGAUGGCCGGGGAUAUCGAGCUGGGAACGUUUGCCAGUAAGCCCAUCAAGGUCAUCAGUAAGCCUAGCAAGAAGCGCCAGAGCAUCAAGAACAUGGAGCUGUGUAUCCAUCAUGGCACCACCAUCUCGCUCUUCAACAGAAUCCGCUCGCAAACGGUUUCGACGAAGUAUUUGGGCGUCUCGACCACAGCGCAAGCGUCUGCACAUGCACCAUGGAAUUAUGGCAACAACAGCCUGAAGGACUGGCCCAACUUGGAGCCAUCACCCGAGUCCUCUGCAAACCCAGUUAACACUGAUGGUGGAACCUGCUUUGUGGCCAGGACCGGCAGCUGGGACCCCUUCGUGGUCUGGAUUGUUUCUCCAGGGCAGACAAGGACAGAGACACUCCAAGAGCAUUCUCAGCGUCAUCCAGGAUUUCCUCCACCUCCAGCAAUCGCUAUCAACUCGCCACCAGAGAACGCGCCUCAAACACCGAUCCAUUACAAUCAACCCAUUGUCCUGCAGUGCCUCUCAACUGGUCUGGUCAGUCCAGUGAUGGUGAUUCGCAAGGUCGACAAGGGAAGCAUGGUCCUCGGAGGGGGUUCGAUCGGUCACCCUUCGGCAGAGUAUGAUCAGGAAGCCAUUGGUGAUCCCGUGUCGCAGCUUCACAAGGUUGCCUUCCAGAUUACAGGCCAGGCGACUCCUGCGAGUACCUUUUCGCAUGGAAAACUUCAGCAAGGCACUUAUUUGGCGUGCUUGGGGGAUGUUGUUGGAAUGCAACGUGCGAACGAAGGAAAGCGGUAUUUGCCUGAUCCAAAGGGGUCUCAGUCGUCCACUUUGGAUGAUAGCACCCAAACGACAUCGGCCAACUCAGGCAACCCUUUCUCCAUGGAUAUCGUUCCCGAGAUCCCUGAGAGUAGCGCUAUUCCUGAGGCGCUUAUGUCGACGUGGUCUGCUGCUGAUCAAAUGGCCUUAGAUACUGCUGCUUGCGUGGGCGGAGAGAGAUCGAUUGUGACUACGGCCGAUGGUCAAAGGAUUGAGCGUAAACGCCGCGUGUCUUCAUCGGUAGUCAUCAAGUCCACGGGUAGCACAACUAAGGCAGCAUCCAAGUCAAGGAGGCGAGUUAACAGCAUGAGCGUGACUCAGUCAGAGGCACAGCGUAUCCGGGCUGGAGCUCUGACAGCAAACAGUCAUUAUCACCACAGCCCCAUUCAAACUUACGUAAAUCCUUCGACGACGUCCUCGAACGCUGGGGUAGAGACCAAGGAGAAACCUGCAAAGGAAACCGCCAAGAUUCUGGCGCUCCAGCAGCAGCGCCGACACUCGUCCAUCUGGACAGAGGACGUGACGGAUGCGGCUGUGUGGACUAUUGUUGGAACGGAUUGCGCGCAGUACAAUUUCUGCACUCCCGGAGGUUGCGAUUCCAUGUCGCUGCCACGGUCUCCAGUGACAUCUUUACCAAAGGUGCUAGAGGUGUGUUUGAACGGUCAGGCGUUUGGAACUCGCGCGUCCGCAGGUCCGAUUUCGAUCAACAACCCCGUCAUUCACACAACUAGCAACGGCGGCAGCAACAGCGGUUCUCAUGGUAAACAUGGACAUGCGCAUGGACACAGCAAGACGCUUCGUGUGAUGGAGUCCCAUAUGAACGACCACCACCAGCAUCAUCAUCAUCGAAACGAUAGCAACUCAAUGAAUGGCAGUAAUGGCCAAGGAGGAGCGCUUGGAUCGACUGGUGCGGCAGCCCGUCUUAUGAACUUGAAGGGUCAUGGGUUCACGCGGGAUCUGACGGUUUGGUUUGGAACGAUCAAGGCGCCCGUGACUGAGUACCAAUCUCCAGAAUUAUUGGCGGUCCAGAUUCCCGAAGAGGUAUCUUUGGGCUCUUCGUUCUACUUUACCAAGGAUGACGACGAGGAUGUCGAGGGCGAUGACGAGGACAAUUUCGCGACGACGGUGAAUGGUGGUGGGGAUGACGGUAGCAGCAUUAGUAGCGGUAGCAGCAGCUGCAACGGCAGUUACUCGGAGCAGCAGAAACGGUUCCGACGGAAGCGUGUCAAGGGCCUGUUUGAGUCGGACUGUGUUCCUAUCUUGCUGGUCCGGACCGAUGGCGUGGUCUACCGAUCGGGCCAUAGCAUCACCCUCGGGUGA